AUGUAAGUGUUUAUAAAUAGAUUUUAGGAAAAUUGAAAUCGAAACUAGUUUAUCUAACAAAUAUGGCGACACAGGGACAAAAACGAUCUUAUCCCAACGAAACCGAAAGUGGUGAAUCUGAUUUAGAUGAAGACGCAUUGCUUGCUGAGGAUGAAAAUGACGAUGACCUAGCCGAUGUUUUCCAAAAAGCAUCACUCUCAGAUGAAGAAGAAGAUGAUGAUGAGUCUAUAGUGAAAACAGGAAAUGUGCCUGUGGAGAGAGGUCUAAAUCUUAGAGAAUACCAAAAAGAACUAGCUGAAACCGCCAUUCUAGGACAGAAUACAAUCAUCCAUGCUGCAACUGGAGCUGGUAAAACAAGAAUUGCGUUUUACAUUGUUAAGAAUCAUCUUGAUAAAAACCCACAAGGGAGAGUUGCUUUAAUGGCGGACAAGACAUUUCUUGUAAAUCAACAUUUUGCAGCUUUAAAUAAAGUAAUGCCAGAGUAUAAGGAAAAAACAUUGUGUAUGAGUGGCCAGAAAGAGAAAAGCGGACAGUUACAUAUGUUGGUUGAAGGGCAUAGUAUUAUAAUUCUGACACCAGCUCUGAUAGAAAACACCAUCCGACGUCAUGACGCUAACUUUAUGUCGAAAUUCACACUGCUGAUAUUCGAUGAAUGUCAUCAUACACAGAAAAAGACAAAUUACAACCGUUUGAUGACGAGGUAUCAUGUACUGAAAAGUCAAGGCAAGACACCACUACCACAGAUUCUUGGUCUCACGGCUACGUUAGGGACCAAUAAAGCAAACAGCGUAGAAAAAGCUAAAGAACACGCUCUCACAGUUAUGGCAAAUUUAGAUGUCUCUAAGAUAUCAACCGUUGUAAAGAAUCAAGAAGAAUACAAUAAAUUUCGGAAAGACGUUGUUAUUGAUAAGAUAGUUCUCUCGGAUGAUGCAGGGCACGACAAAGUCCAUUGUUGUAUUACAGAAUGCAUGAGAAAAACAACGGAUAUUCUUUGUUCCAACACAGAUACAGAUACAACGAAGUAUUCUGGAGAUGUCGAUUAUGAAAACCUUAAAGCUGCUUUACGAAAGAGAGACUUAGUGAAUACGAAUGACCAACAGUAUUUAACGUGGAUAGCGGAACUUUCAAAUGCUGCAGAUCUUUUAAUGGGAAGGGAACGUGACUUAGCUCAUAGUGUGAGGAUUGGGGCAAACUAUCUAAAGAUAUAUUGGGAGGCUUUGAAUAUAAACGAUCAGCUGACAGGGCAGUAUGCAGUGACCUCUCUGGAUAGGAAGUUUAAAAACGAGAAUCUGGGAAAAUAUGCUAGCUCAAAGAGCUCCUCAGAAAUAGAAUACAGUGUACUUGCGGAAGGUUUGAUGUCUGACAUGUCCAAUAUGAGCACAGACCAAAGUCUAGAAGGAAAAUCUAUCAACAAGCUGCUGAAGAAACUUCAAGAAUAUUGCAAUGAAAUGAAAGAGAAUGCCAGAUAUAUUGUGUUUGUUGGUACACGUGAGAUAUCAGAAAUGCUGGCAGACCUGCUGAAAACAAAACAUUUUAAAUGUUCCUGCUUUACUGGAUCAAGUGCAGCUUCAGAAGUUGGAGGCACAAGCAGAAAUGAGCAAGAAAAGAUUGUUGAAGAUUUCAAAAAAGGGAUGAUAAAUGGAAUAAUUGCAACAACUAUUUUAGAGGAGGGUUUUGAUAUACCUGAUUGCGAUAUGGUAUUUGGUUACAAUUAUGUUGGAAACGAAAUCUCGAUGCGUCAAAGUGCAGGUCGAAUUCGCAAAAAGGAAGGUCAACAUGUUGUCUUGUCAAAACAAAAGGAUAUGAUAAGAGGAAGUAUUAACGUUCAGCGAGGACGGUUGAUGGAUGAAGCAUUAAAUUCAAUUGUUUCUAUGUCUGAAAAAGAUAUCAAGGAUAUUAUCACCACAGAACAAAGAAGAAUUGUCCAGACUGAGCUAGCAAAACAACAAAAUGUUGCAAAAGUUCCAAAACUCGAUACAAGCCUUUAUAAAUUGAUAUGCAAGAAGUGCGGUAAAUUCGAGGUAAACUGCAAUGAUCUGCGAUCAAUUCAAGACCAACAUCAUGUUGUUAUUCAGCCUGAUAUCUGGACAAAGGUCAGAGUAAGAUCCUUUCCAAGAAACCCGCCACGAUUUGCCGAGGAAAUCAUUUGCGAAGGAAGAUUGUUUGGCGGUGGUGGAAAUGACGGUUGUCCUCAUGAAAUAGGUGUAGUUGGUACUUUUAGGGGAGCCAGACUACCAUUUCUAUCGUAUAAAUUCCUGCUCAUCAAAGACAAAACAUCUCUGACGACCAGGCCAAUUACAAAAUGGGCUGAUGUUCCUUUCAAAAUUCACCCAAUAAAUGAUCCUGAGGACCUGACCACCAUGCAAAAUUGUAAACAAUGACACAAACGAAGUACCACUAUACGUCUCUUAAAUAUAUCACGUAGUAUUUACCACACUCUUGUGAUAUGUUUUAUUGAAAGUGACUUCGCAUGAAACAUAACAUAAACCGACUUUGAAAUGUUCUUAAUAGACAUUUAAAAACGUAACGUAUCAGAAGGUAUUGAGAAUUCAUUAAACAUUUAAUGAUAAAUAUUUGUAUAUUGACUAUUUUCACUCUAUGUAACAGUCGUUUGGUUGCUAUUUUUAUAUUAUUUUUGUUGGUAAAAGGGAGAUAACUAGGUUGUGUGCAGAACUUUCUAAACAAGUAUCGAUAGCAUUUCUUGUUUUAAUAAGGUUUAUAUGAUAGAUAAUGGCUGACUCAAAAGCUUUUGUUUAGAAAAAAGAUACCAAUAUUGAGUGCAUCGUUGUAAAUAAAUGCACGGUUAGGGUUCAAAUGCGUAGGAAUAUAAAUCAUCGAAAUAAAACAUCAUUGUAUAUGAAUUUGAUUGAAAUUGGAAAUAUUUGAUAAAAAUGAAUUAAUAUCUAGUAGAAAUACUCUCCUUUGUAAUUAUAAAUAUGCAUGAUAACUGCUAGGACAUAACUCUUUGUAAACAAUGUACAUAUCUUUUAAAAUAAUUUUUUCAUCAUAAAUAUAUUGUGACGUCGUGUUGUGAUGACGUCAUGAGGUAAAGCGUCUGACGUUACGAUACGAAAUUCAUUUUGAUGAUUAUACUUUAGAAUUUAUGUAUUUUUUCGUUUGUUCAAUCAACUUUAAUUUUGUCUCUUCACAUUCAUAUUAAGAUUUAACGUUUAUUGUGAAUGAAAUUGCUGUCCGUCGACCAUUUACAGUUUAAAAUAAACAGAACAUGUCCCAUCUUCAAGUUUAUCGUGUCCGGUAACAUCGGAAAAUUCAGUAAUAAACUUACACGAAUUUAUUAUUCUGUUUAUCAUAUUCCAAAAAUUAAGACUGUUUGAAGUGAAAAAUAACCCUUUUUUAUUAUUGAUACGCGCUAACAUAUUGCGCGUGUUAACGCUAUGUUUAUAUAACGCAAAAGACGGCAAAUGUAACGUUAAAAUACGGCCGUUUAUACCAUAUAAACGGAGUUGUAGAAACGGCACGGGGUAUGUGAUAAAACAGCCUUUGCUUGUUUCUAAUACAACUGAUUUAGAACCUAUUACGUAAGACAACUUUGGUAUUUUUCUCCAGUUUAUAUUACAUUGGAAUGGAUGAUUUUUCAGGAUCAAUAUCAUAUUUCUCAUGUGAUUUGAUAGUAGUGCCGUGCAAUGACACAAAACGAAUUAUGAUGUCUUUUACGUUGAGAUAGGCUACAUCAUGAAGAUAAAUGUCAAUGAUUGAGACAAUAAUUUGAUAAAUAGACAACAUGGCUCCGGGAAUCUGCACAACGCAGCGUCGGUUUUGUUGUCAUGAAUGUUUUAAGACGGAAAAAGAAAAGUUGCUUGAUAUUUUAUUCCCUUU